CUUUCAGUGUGACAGCGGUGAGCGUCUCAUUCACCUCCUGAUUUUGACUUUGAGAGGAGACUCAAAGUGAGAGGGAGCGGCUAAUAAGACAUAAAAAAAGUAAAGUAAAACCAUGUGCUGUACGGGGAAGUGUGCCCGUCUGGUGGGCCUGAUUCUGCUACCUUCAGCGUUCAUCUGCAUGAUCGCCAACCUGCUGCUGUUUCUUCCCCAACGGGGAAAGCCUGGAAAAUUAUCAGAUCUCCAUCAGGUCUGGCUCAUGGGGGGGCUCAUCGGAGGAGGCCUCUUUAUGCUGUGUCCGAGCUGCUCGGCUAUCAGGGCCGGGGGCAAGGGUUGCUGUGGAAAAGGUUGCUGCGGCAACCGUUGCCGGAUGCUGAACUCGGUGUUCUCCUCUGCGUUUGGCCUCGUUGGAGCGAUUUACUGCGUCAGUGUGGCCUCUGCAGGUCUGGCUAUUGGACCCAAGUGUCAGGUGGCCAACGGGGAAUGGGAAUACCCCUUUGAGGAUUUUGGCACUGGUAAUGGCAGCUACCUUGUAAACCAGACUCUGUGGUCGGUCUGCGAGAAGCCCGCCAACGCCGUCAUGUGGCACGUCGUGCUGUUCUCCAUCCUGCUGGCCAUGGGGGGGAUCCAGCUGGUGCUCUGCGGCAUCCAGGUGGUCAACGGCUGCUUGGGGUGCAUCUGCGGGGACUGUCGCAACAGCAAAGAUGAUGACAGUGGAUUGUGAAAGUGGAGAAGAUCGCCCGGAUGUAUCCGAACUGCAGAAGGACCAGGAAGGAUUUCAUUUGAUUCCCAGCGUUCAUAUUCUGGGACGCUUCUCUGCGAAUCAUGCAAAAGUUUUCUUUUGAUAGUCUUUUGUUUAACACAGAGGCUAUUCCUUCGAUGGCUAUUUUAAAAAUACCAAAGUCUUACUCCACAUUGUAUGAAUUUUAUUCUAGCACUUGGUUUGUGUAUUUUCUACAUUAAUUUUUGGUUGAAUUAUUCAUUAAUUACUGAAUGUAUAAGUCAUUUGCACACUUAAGACUCCACAAGGAACAUACAUGGAUUAUGCUUUAAUUGUAAAUAAUUGUCAGUUUUAAUUAGUAUUAUAUGUUUCUUAACAUAUUAUUUUUUGCUGUAUAUUAGGUGGAUGUGACAACACAGCAAACAUAAAAUAGGGCUGGUAAAAUUUGAGCAUCAAAUUCUUAAAUUUCCUGCAUUCUGGUGGAUUUUUAUGCACCAAUUUAUGGUGAAAAUGUCUUUAUGGUGUCAAAAUAAA